AUGUUUACUCAUUCUCUUCGUCAACUUUGCUUUAAACGCUCAUUUUCCUCUUCUCCAGCUCGACUCCGCGAUAUCCAGCGUUUGACGUUUACUGGAAAUUUGGCCCGUGAUGCUGAACGUUUGCAGUCUCAGCAAGGUAAUCCCUAUAUGAAGUAUACCGUUGCUUCCAAUAAUGGAAAGGACGUGCCAGCUACGUUUCGUACAGUGUUCUCGUUUGAUGACCGAGAGUUUGACCGUAUGGAAACUUUUCUCAAAAAGGGAAACCAAGUCUUUGUAGAGGCUAAUGCCAUCUACCGCAAUUCUCCUUCAACUGAGUCUGCAGGCCCCUCUUUACUCUCAAGUCUUCAACAACUCAACGUUCAAUUAUUAAAGCGUGCUCGCACCGCUGUAGCCGAAGAAGAGCCUGCUGAAAGAGCCACCCCAUUUGAGACUGGGCCUCUUCCCAACAGUUUUUAA